AUGGCGCGACUGUUAUUCAUUGUUACAUUCACACUUUUGUGCAACAUACUGAAUAUUUCGGCAGUUCAACCGUUUGAUGUAACAAAUAUUGGUGAACUUAAUUCGGACAAUGUGAAUUAUCGAUUGCCAAAUAAUACAAUACCAGAAGUGUAUAAAGUAUACAUUUCCACUGAUGUGGCCAAUAAAAAUUUUGGUUUUUCGGGUAUGGUUAAUAUCUCAGUGAAGACGCUUAAUGCGACCAACACAAUUAUUGUGCAUCAACGACAGCUGAACAUAGUUUCGGCCGAAUUAAUGGCCGAAGGUGGUCAAUAUAUAUCAAUUGUUCCCCCACACUACGAUCCAGUUACAGAGUUUCUAACCAUCAAAACGGUCAACUAUACACUUUUUGAAGGUAUGAGAGUAUUUCUUUCCAUAAAAUAUAAUGGAACUCUGCAACAAUCACCUUCUGGAUUUUAUCGUACAUCAUAUUAUGAUUCAAAUGGCAAAGAAAGAUGGCUGGCUACAACACAUUUUGAACCAACGUAUGCUCGACAUGCAUUCCCGUGUAUGGACGAACCCGCUAUGAAAGCUACUUUUGAGAUUUCGAUUGAACAUAACUCUGCAUAUACGGCCAUUUCGAAUAUGCCACAGGCCAAUCAAGUCAUAAUGGGAUCGCGUACAAUUUCUCACUUUUGCAAAACACCAUUGAUGUCUACUUAUUUAAUAGCAUUUGUCGUUUCGAAUUUCGCAUUUAAAGAACAAUUGGAUCAUAAUGGCUUAAAACAUCGUGUAUUCGUAAAACCAACUGAAAUUGAAAACGCAUAUUUUGCCGUUAAUGAAAGCGCAAAAAUACUGAACGCAUUUAGUGAUUACUUGCAAGUUAACUAUUCUUUACCGAAAAUGGAUCAAAUCGCAAUACCACAACUUUAUUUUGGAG